UUUCUUUGCUCUUGCUGUUCUUGAUUGCGCUGGGUUGGUGCUCGAAUUCUCUUGCUCCGGGGGCUACGGGGGCCGGAUUCGGUGGAGUUGGCGACGGGGGUGCGAUCUUGGCAGGAGUUGUUGGUGUGGAAUCGGGGCGGGGUCGCGAGCUUUUCUUUGGGGCACCUAGGUCAAGAUUGAUUCGGGCGGCGCGAUUGGUUCGCCCGGGCAGAGUCCAGGAGCUGCGAUUUCGUCGUCUGGGUUGCGUUCUUGCAACAAGCGGUAGAAGAAAACGCGCGGAGGAGAGGUGUUUGUCGAGCUGCGAUUUGGCCCUGCUGAUUGCGUUGCGUCAGGCUCUGCUUAAGGGCAAGAGCGUCUUUUUUUAACCAGGGUACGAACACCUACAGGACGAUUUCGAAAGGUUAGUGAACAUGCCAUUUUACACGAGCUGGCGCGGUAAAGUUGGCGCUGGUACGAGCAGUGUAAAAUAAUCAAUAACCAAUGGGGUUAGAAGUUUCAGGAGAGCUCUGAACUUUGGUUGAUGAUGUGCUGUAGGUUGGAGGAAUUCGAGUAAGCUACUGUUCGGUGUAAUAAGAGCUUGCUGGUGAUGUCCUGAGCAUCGCAAGCCUAUUCGCACAGUGUGCUGAUAGUACGACUUGUGGUGGAUUCUGAAGGGGUGUGAUUGGGGAGCUGUACAGCUUGUCCGCUAUUAUGAACACCUUCUUGUUUGUAUUUUGAUAGCAUGAUUCCUCUGCAGUCAGAUGUUGUGCUCGAGAAUAACCCCUCCAAGAGUUCAAAUAGUAAAGAGCAGAUUCUUUCUAGUACAGAGAAUACGACUACAAGCAAUGUGCGUGGUGGUAGCUCCUUAAAAUCGCCAAAAGGUGCACUAGAGAAGGCUAGCUCUGUCGGAAAAGGUGGAGAACAACCUUUUCUGUACCAGCACAAUGUGUAUGCACCGCAGCCACAAGCACUCUAUCCUGGAGGAUACAUGAAUCCUUCGGGACAAUGGGAAGAAUAUCCCCAUUACAUGAAUAUGGAGGGACUCCAUUCAGUAUCACCUGGAAUCUAUAAUGACAACCAGUCAUUCAUGCUAUCUCCUGGAUAUGCAAACAACCCCCAAAUGAUGUAUGGAACUUACUCUCCAGUUUCAACCGUUGGAGAUGGCCAACAAUACUUCCCUAUGCACUUUCCCUUCUCGAGUCCUUACUACCAACCACCGGCUUCUCCUAGCAUGGGAUAUUCAAACUCUGCGCCUGGAAUAUCUCAAGGAGACCCUAUGCUGCAGCAAGAGUACUUCCUUCCUGAUGGCCUUCUAUAUUCACCCACGGCAGGGUAUCAUCAACCGUUCAGUUCGUUCGACAGAGCACCAAUACAACAAAAUAGCACUCCUGGAUUGUUUGGUCAAGGGAAUGUACCACUGGCUUCUGGAAUGCAUCAUGGAUCACUGUAUGGCCUUGGAUCCUAUAAGGCACGCCAGCAAGGUAGCAAAUUUGGAGGGACUACUCCAAGUUGGAGUUCUGUUGGUCGCAGAUUUGGUACUUUUGAUUUGAGUGCCAAUCAACAAAGGGGGAGCAUGCCAUUUGGUAGUCACAAUGGCUCUCUGGAGUUUAUGAAUGAGCAAAACCGUGGGCCACGUGCUACAAAACCGAAGAUACAAGACACAGAGAACUCAGGAGAUGAAAAAAGUGAGAAAACUGUUCCGCUGAUUGAUAGCCAACUGUACAAUCGCCCUGAUUUUGUCACCGAGUACAAGGAUGCGAAAUUCUUUGUAAUAAAGUCCUACACUGAGGACCAUGUCCAUAGGAGCAUUAAGUAUAAUGUUUGGGCCAGCACAGCCAGCGGAAAUAGAAAGCUGGACUCUGCUUACCGUGCAGCCAAAGAGAAAGAAGAGCAUUGCCCUAUUUUCUUGUUUUUCUCGGUUAAUGGUAGUGGCCAGUUCUGCGGUGUGGCUGAGAUGAUUGGACCUGUCGAUUUCGACAGAAGUGUUGAUUACUGGCAACAGGAUAAGUGGAGUGGCCAGUUUCCUGUGAAGUGGCACAUUAUUAAGGAUGUUCCGAACAACCUUCUGCGGCACAUCAUUCUUGAGAACAAUGACAACAAACCUGUUACAAACAGCAGGGACACACAGGAGGUGAAGCUGGAACAGGGCCUCCAGAUGUUAACCAUAUUCAAGAGCCAUGAGACUGAGACGACAAUUCUGGAGGAUUUUGACUUCUAUGAGCAACGGGAGAAAGCCUUGCACGAGAACAGACGUCAACAGCAGCCUGCCAGAGCUGAUCCUCAGAAGCCAGCAGAUACUAAGGCUCAAGGUCUUGUGGCUGAUAUAUCAGGCGCAUUUGCUCAGGCCGUCCAGUUGAAGGAGACUGAGAACAAUGGGAAAAACCCGAAAGCUGAGGGCGCCUCAGCUGGAAAUGGAUCCACUGCCAUAAUCAAGGUCGAAAAAGGCAAUGCAAACUCAAACACAGGCCCUGUGGAGGAAACCAGUUGAUUUAUCUGUCUCCUGUCUGCUAAUUUGGAGCAGCAGUUGAAUAGUAUGCUGCUAUGUGAAGGUGGGAAGGGGGAAAGAGAAGGUCGAUUGUGUUAAAUAUGGUCGUGCUGCUUCAGUUGUACAACAUCAUAGGCUUUGUUUCAUCUCCAUUUAGGUUAUAAUUUCAAUUUCAUAGUUCCAAAAUUAUUGUCUGCUGUUCUCUUAUUUCCUGUUCGCUUUACUUUAUCGUCUUCUGUUCUACUCGUGUCGCACCAUGAAUGCUGUUCAAUUCUAGUGGUUUAGCCAUAAGAAGCUGCAGAAUUAUGCUGCGGGAGCUUUCCAUGUUCUGCAGUGGGAUAAUGAUGCUUUCAUGUCUCUCUGUCUC